AUGCUUAUAGCUCAAAGCUGUCAAAAGAGUUUUGCUGAUCAAAGGCGGAAGCCUUUGGAGUUUGAGGAAGGAGAGCAUGUCUUUCUGAAAGUCACUCCGACAAUCGGUGUGGGCCGGGCCAUUAAGACUAAGAAACUGAAUCCCCGUUACAUUGGACGGUUUGAGAUUCUGAAGAGGAUUGGACCGGUGGCAUAUAGGAUCGCUUUGUCGUCGCAUCUUUCGAAUCUGCACGAUGUGUUUCACGUGUCGCAGCUUCGUAAAUACACUCCUGAUGCAUGUCAUGUUCUGGAGCCAGAAUCGGUUCAAGUAAGGGAAGAUCUGACGCUUCCAGUAAUUCCGGUUAGGAUUGACAACACUAGCAUCUAG